UAUUUUUUUUAUUUUUUCGGGAAAAGUUUCAUUGUAGUGGCUUAAGAAUGUCCAUAAUGAAGACAAUAUUUUCUGCGGUUACAUUAUUGUGAAGGAAUGACUUGUUUUUCUCCGAACAUUAAAUUUUGCAGGUGGUCUCACAAGACAAGCGCAAGACAUGCGCAAGACAAGUCUUUGUACUUUAUGUGUGCGAGUCCAGAAGGAAAUGGCGGAUAGUGUAGUGUGUUUUGCUGCUGGUUGUGCGGGGGGUAUAGUGCUGAUGCUCUGGUUGUUAUUCGGUGAAUGGUGUUACGUAUUUCAUAAGAAACAGUAGUUUCAACACACAUAUUCAGAAUGGAGAGCUCUUCUGAUGAACUUCCUGAGAAAGAGCCACCAUCACCUGCUUGGAAAGAGGACAUGCAGAUCCCAAAUGGUGAAAAUUUUCAUGAAGAACUGCAAUCAGGUGGAAAAAAUGACACUGCAGCAGGAGAGAGUGUAAAGCCAUUACUUCUAAGUGAAAAAUUGCACAGAGUUCUUUGUCUUACCGAAGAAAGUGAUAUGAAAUUGGCUCAAGAAAAAGUAGCCAAGAAUUUUUCCAGUGAGACUUCCAGUAUACGGUGUUUCAAAAACGAUAAGCUUCGAACACAUUCUGUUCUGCCUGAGAGCCAGAAUGCAGUACUCUUGAGUGAAGAACUGAAGAAUGUCUUAAGCUUUAAUGAAGACUGUGUGGAAAAAGACAAAUCAAAGGCAGAGCCUUUUGAGAAUAGUUAUGGAAAUGCAGAGAGUGAGAAGACUGUCAACAACAGCAGUUCAAGGGUUCUGAAAAGACCCGUUCGCACUGCAACCAGAAGAUUGAGGAGUCACACUCGUAGCAGAAGAUUCCAACAUGAGAGAAAUGGCCUGGGUUUUAGUGAUGAAGCAGAUGUUCAUGACGUUCAUUCCAGUAUUACAAGAUUCAGUUCCAUUACUGACCUCCAACAUGAUGUGUCAGUACUUCACAUAAAGAGGAAGAGGAGCCAUAGUGCUGAUUCUAGUGACUUUCCAGCAUCAUUUUCUGAUAGUAGUCCACAUGCCACAGAUCCAAGCACUGAUGAAGAAUUGCCAACGUGUGCAACAUGUGGAAAAUGUUUUCGCAAGAAGUAUGCUCUUGUAAAACAUGUCUUCACACAUGUUCCAAAUGUUAGUAAACCACUGUAUGUCUGUAAAGAUUGUGGAAAGGUAAUUCCCACAGCAUCAGUUUUGAGAAAACACAGACGUAUCCAUCUUAAUGAACUUCCCAAUUCAUACAGCAGUAGCAGACGAUCAGUUUCAUCUCUUCAGACCAGAAAAUAUGAAGAGGGGCCACUAGCUGAGCGCACAUAUCGGUGUCCGUACUGCUUCCGUUCAUUCAAUCAGUUUGACUACUUUAGAAGACAUCUCAAUGUUCAUUCUGGGAGGCACUUUGGCAGACACAUCUAUAGGUUACGCAACUGAGUAAUUUUGCCAGUGUUGUCAUUCCUAUAGCUUCUAGGAAUUUUUUGAUGAGCUCAGGGAAUUAGUGUGAUGAAGUUUAUAGAGUUGUUUCUUACCACUCAUCAUUUACAGCAUGUCACCUAAAACGGUUGCAGAAUGAAAAAGUGAUUAUGGGUCCACAAAUGAUAAAUAUGCCAACACAUUUAUAAGACAAUGAUUAGUAAAACAAGUUACUCCUUAAACAAACAUUAUUCCAGUUCCAAUAGUUGUUGGGACACAUAUAGAUGAAUAGAAUAAUAAACUUGGUUCAGUAACAAAUGACAGGAGAAAGUGGUAUUAUUUGAUGGUGCCUGAUUGGUAGCAGAAGAAAUGGAAAAACUAAAGGAAGCUGAAAGUCUCCAUAGUAUUUAGUUCCUGAAUCUCAUGGUUUCAGUCACUACUUGAGAGUGACUACACCAUUUUGUGUUUGUAUGGACUGAUGAUGAGAGAACCUUGGAAAUAUGAUGUGUGGUAGUAGUUUGUGUAAGAAAAAUACAGCUAGUUAGGUUUGUUAGCUUGUAAGAAGUAAAUAUAGUAUUAGAUGCCAAUAGGCAUCUAAAGUGAGCAGUCCUGCGUUAUAUAAUUGGGAGAAGCAGGAUAGUACAUUGCUUGCCUCUGUUCUCCCACAGUUUUAUUAAUUUGAUAUAUUUUGUGUUACUCUGAAAUAUCAAUAUUACUUUUGUACAGUUAAUUAGUUAUUUGUGAAAAGAAUGAUUUUUUAAUGAAUUACUUGUACACAUGUUGUAGACUUAUGUUUUAUGUUUUUUUGAAUAUUUAUGAUACCCAGAAAAUGGCCUCCUUUUGUAAUAUUUCUCAUCUAACAUAAAUGAUGAUAAAAUUUGUGUGUGUGUGUGUGCAUACAUUUAUAAAUUCUUUAUGGUAUUUGAUCUAAAUGACUUUAUAAUUUAAAUUUUACUUGCCUUUAUUUUCUGUAUGUUUAAUGUUUUGUUCUGUAAUGCACUUCAAAAUGUGCAAAAAGAACAAAGUUUGCUCAAUAAAAAAACUUUGUGUGUGUGUGUGUGUGUGUGUGUGUGUGUGUGUGUGUGUGUGUUUCCCUUCAAACUUUGAUUAAUGUAGAACAGUUGUUAGAUUUGUUAUUCCUAGAGACCGGAAAAAUUUGCAUUUUGCGAUAAAUAGAUGCGAAUUAUUCCUCAAAAUGCGAAAUUUCUUAAUAGGCGCUGUUUCAUAGCGAAUUAUAUCCAAAUUAGUUAUUUAUUAGAGAUAGUUUGAAAUAGCUUAUUUUCUGCUUUUUAAUGUUGAAAAUGUAAGCAGUUACUGGCAUUGUACAUCAUCUGGUGAUCCCCAGUUAGGAAAGAUAAUGUAUACAAGAACCUACUUGCAAAAUAUAGUGUACGAAUGCAUCAAUGUGCUCAGUGGUUUGAUGCCAUGCCAAUGUAGUCGAGACUGGUCUGUUCAAGAUAAAUGUCACAUAGUGCAACGUAGUACUCAGCCAUGGGACCUAGCAUUUUAUAAGAAAGAAAUGCAUAUAUUUGUUUGUUUGUUAAAGCUCAAAAGAUAGUACGCUGCAGACAGUUUUAAUGUGGCAAAUUAGGUGGCAGAUGUUUUGAACUGUAGUUGCAUCGAAUACCGCUAGAGGUCAGGCCUGAACAACAUUGUUAACAAACUUCAACAAGCAGUUGUGUGGUAGUGUGAAGUGACUAAUCGUGGUUCUUCACGGAUUUCGAUUACAACCUCAACACCACCAGAAGAGAUCGGCAGCCCCUGUGACAAUGUGUCAGUUUUGCUGUAGAAUGCUACCCAUCGAAAUGAAGGUGCGGUUUGUUUGGCCCGACGACUCCUUCCCCUGUGGCGGUCAAAAUUCUAAUCUGUUCACACUAGUGGUCCUCUGCAAUUAUUACCUAAAGCGCCCGCCCUCUGUGCUAGAGCGAUUGUAGAAAGUAAAAAUCUGUAACUUUUUUUUGAUGGCAUCUAAAUUCUUCCCCUAGCUUGAAAUUGAGUUGCCAUAUGUUCGGGUCUGCUUCUACGAUAAGUGCCAUGUCAGUUCUGUCUGUGUCAUUGGGUCAAGCAUGGGUCAUAUAGCUAUGAAUGUCCACAGAAGGUCGAAGUUAGUAGUCUGUGGAUUUUUUAAUCCUCAAAUUGGGUGGGAAGGACAAAUAAUGUCCAGAAACACCUUAUAUCAGACACACAUUCACUUAAACAGCAGGAAAAUGCUGCUGCUUUUCAACAGAGCAAUCAUUUCUGAAAGCUCUAAUGCAGCUGCUGGCUGGAGUGGCCGAGCGGUUCUAGGUUCCACAGUCCGGAACCACGCGACCGCUAUGGUCACAGGUUCGAAUCCUGCCUCGGGCAUGGAUGUGUGUGAUGUCCUUAUGUUAGUUAGGUUUAAGCAAUUCUAAGUUGUAGGGGACUGAUGACCUCAGGAGUUAAGACCCAUAGUGCUCAGAGCCAUUUGAACCAUCUAAUGCAGCCAAACACAGGCCAGUUUGGAAGAAAAUAAUGUUGAAGUUUUUGCAAAAGCAAACAUUCCACUCAAAAAGAACCAAAUCAGUACAUUUUCUAACAGUCAAUUUCAAAUAACUAAUAAUUUGUUUGUCAUCACUCUUGUUGCAUGACAACCUUUCAAGUCUUUUCAUCUAAUCAUUUACAAACAAAGAAAAUAGAUGAGAAUUUUGACAAAAAUAGAUGCAAAUUUUGCCAAAAAUAGAUGCAAAUUUUGCCAAAAUAGAUGCUAUGUUUUCCGGUCCCUAGAUUCCGAAAGACUUUAUUUCAUGACUUUACCAUAUGUAUGACUGUCAGUAAUAUUGUUCCUUUAAGUGUGUUCGUGUAUGUAAUAGAGAGUUAGCAUUCCAGCUUUGUUAAAUCGUAAGUUUAAGUGGUAUAUUUUACUUAUUGACAUCCUUCUUAAAGCUUUGUAGUUCUGUGAUAAUGGAGUCAUAUUAAAACAGGUAGUCUACCAUCAA